AUGAAGAAUGUGGUGGAAAAGGUGGUAUCUAAACAACAAGGAGCUUUCAUUAAAGGGAGGGGGAUUCAUGAAAAGAUUUUUAUAGCUUCAGAAUUAGUAAAUGAAUUGGAGAUAAAAAGAAGAGGUGGAAAUGUAGGCUUGAAGUUAGAUAUAACUCAAGCUUAUGAUUCUUUGAAUUGGAAUUUUCUCUUUGAGACAAUGAGGCACUUUGGAUUUUCAGAAACCAAUGACAUUUUUGUUUUCUGUAAUGGACACAAGAAUUCAUUGGAGCACUUAAUGCAACUGUUAGUGAAGUACCAGCAAGCAUCAGGGCAAGUGGUGAAUAAAAAUAAGAGCAAAUGUUUUGUUGGGGGAGUAACUGAAAGUAGGAGAAGGGAAAUUGAUGGAUUUCUACAAAUGGAAUUAUAUGAUUUCCCAGAUAAAUAUUUGGGAGUAAUUUUACAGCCAGGAAAGGUAAAAAAAAAAGCCAAAUGGCCUAGUGAAGUUCUGAAGGAGUGUGAAAGGAUUAUAAGGAAUUUGUUGUGGUCAGGUGACCCAGCAGUUAAAAAACUUAUCACAGUCAAAUGGGAUGAAGUGUGUGCUCCAGUGGAAGAGGGAGGGCUUGGUAUAUGGAGGUUGGAAAUUGUUAAUAAAUCUCUCUUGCUGAAAUUACUACGGAAGAUUGAAACAGAGGAUGCAGAAUGGACUAGAUUCAUGAAAGAGAAAUAUAAAAACAAGAAAGGGGAGUGGAUUACCACAUAUAAAAAAUCUUCAAUUUGGCCUGGUUUGAAAUGGGUGUUAAAUGACUUUGAAGAAGCAACUAGAUGGAUUGUUGGUGAUGGUCAAGUAAUUUCUGUGUGGAAAUAUAAAUGGGUGAAGACACAAGCAUUAUGUGACUUACAUCCACAAGAUAAUUUUAUCAUGCAGAAUAAGGAUAUGAAAGUAUGUGAGCUAAUCAUAAAUGGCAAAUGGCAAAUACCAGUGGAGAUGAAGGCUUAUAUCAAUGAAGAAGAUUUACCUUUUUUGGGAAAUGGAGCUGAUAGAAGAAUUUUAGAAACCAACUUAACAGGGACUUCUCUGUUGCAAAUGCAGUACAAGUUUUAA